GCCGCUGGAAGGGGAGGGCGCAGCGCGGAGCGAGCUCAGGCGAGAGGCAGCGAGAGCCUCGGCAGCGACGAGGAGAAGCUGUUUAGUCAUCUCUCUAUAUAUACUUUCACAAUGAUGAUCACAUUCGCUGAUUGCUUCUGACUGCAAUUUAGAGAGGGAGUCGAGAGGCAGGCAGCACAGCUCACCUUUUAUCCCGAGGAGCGCCUGCUCCCCCUUCCUUCCCUUCCCCAGAUUUAGCCCUGCUUCUGGGCGCCGUGUCCUUCCCUUCCAGAUGGAACUGCCCUGACUCCCAGCCCGUCCCAGCAGCACCCCGAGCCUCGUCUCCAGUAACGCGGCCGGGCUCGUCAUGGCAGCAGGAGUGGCGGCGUGGCUGCCCUUCGCCAGGGCGGCCGCCAUAGGAUGGAUGCCAGUGGCCAACUGUCCCAUGCCACUGGCUCCGACGGAGAAGAACAAGAGGCAGGAUGAGCUGAUCAUCCUCAAUGUGAGUGGCAGGCGUUUCCAGACCUGGAGGACUACACUGGAGAGGUACCCGGACACUCUCCUGGGCAGCACGGAGAAGGAGUUCUUCUUCAACGAAGACACCAAGGAGUACUUCUUCGACCGGGACCCCGAGGUCUUCAGGUGCAUCCUCAAUUUUUACAGAACUGGCAAGCUGCACUACCCCAGGUACGAGUGCAUCUCUGCCUACGACGAAGAGCUCGCCUUCUACGGGAUCCUCCCCGAGAUCAUCGGGGACUGCUGCUACGAAGAGUACAAGGACAGGAAGCGGGAGAACGCGGAGCGGCUGAUGGAUGACAACGACUCGGAGAACAACCAGGAGGGCUCCAUGCCCUCGCUGAGCUUCCGGCAGACCAUGUGGCGAGCCUUCGAGAACCCCCACACCAGCACCUUAGCCUUAGUCUUUUACUACGUCACCGGGUUCUUUAUCGCCGUCUCUGUGAUCACCAACGUGGUGGAGACCGUGCCCUGCGGCACCGUGCCGGGGAGCAAGGAGCUGCCCUGCGGGGAGCGCUACGCCGUGGCUUUCUUCUGCCUCGACACGGCCUGCGUGAUGAUCUUCACCGUCGAGUACCUGCUGAGGCUCUUCGCGGCGCCGAGCCGCUACCGCUUCAUCCGCAGCGUGAUGAGCAUCAUCGACGUGGUGGCCAUCAUGCCCUACUACAUCGGCCUGGUGAUGACCAACAACGAGGACGUCAGCGGAGCCUUUGUCACGCUAAGGGUUUUCAGGGUUUUCAGGAUUUUCAAGUUCUCCCGCCAUUCCCAAGGCCUGAGAAUCUUGGGCUACACUUUGAAGAGCUGUGCCUCCGAGCUCGGCUUUCUCCUCUUUUCCCUCACUAUGGCAAUCAUCAUCUUUGCAACUGUGAUGUUUUAUGCGGAGAAAGGGUCCUCGGCGAGCAAAUUCACCAGUAUUCCUGCUUCCUUUUGGUACACUAUUGUAACCAUGACAACACUGGGCUACGGGGACAUGGUGCCCAAGACCAUCGCGGGGAAGAUCUUUGGCUCCAUCUGCUCGCUCAGCGGGGUGCUGGUCAUCGCCCUGCCCGUGCCCGUUAUCGUCUCCAACUUCAGCCGCAUCUACCACCAGAACCAGCGCGCCGACAAGCGCCGGGCGCAGAAGAAGGCGCGCCUGGCGCGGAUCCGCGUGGCCAAGACGGGCAGCUCCAACGCCUACCUGCACAGCAAGCGCAACGGGCUGCUCAACGAGGCCCUGGAGCUCCCGGGAUCCACCGAGGAGGAGCAGCACACGACUAAAGGCACCUCCUUAAUCGAGAGCCAACACCACCAUCUGCUGCACUGCCUGGAGAAAACCACGAACCACGAGUUCAUCGACGAGCAGCUGUUCGAGCAGAACUGCCUGGAGAGCUCCUUGCAGAACUACCCCUCGUCGCGGAGCCCCUCGCUGGGCAGCGCCCGCGGGCUGGGCACCUCGUGCUGCUCGCGGCGCCACAAGAAGAGCUCGCACCUGCCCAACUGCAGCGUGCCCGCCACGCGGCUGCGGAGCAUGCAGGAGCUCAGCACCAUCCACAUCCAGUGCAGCGAGCAGCCCUCGCCCAGCGCCAGCCGUUCCAGCCUCAACAUGAAGCCGGACGACGGGCUGAGGCCGAACUGCAAGGGCGCGCAGAUCACCACGGCCAUCAUCAGCAUCCCCACGCCGCCGGCGCUGACGCCCGAGGGCGAGAGCCGGCCCGGCCCGGGCAGCCCCGGCACGAACGCUCCCAGCGCGGCCGCCAGCGUCGUCAAGGUCUCCGCCUUGUGA